AUGACUGAUCAGUGGGUUGAUAGUCUUUCUGAAGAUUGGGUUUCUCAACCACGCUCCUCCCCUUCAAAUGCUGGCGGUGGUGUUGUUGGGGGAACGAUGCGUUCAAACUUCUCCUCGGGAACUACUCGUGUGCUGCAUGAACGCAACCAUUCGAGUGUAAACUCGACAACGGGUCACUGGCGGCGAAAUUCAACAGGAGGCAACGAGCGGAAGGAGACACCUGAAUGGAAGAGAAAAUUGUUAGAGGACUUUGGGGGACCUGGGGGGAAGGAUUUAUUCAGCCCUAUUCAAUUGGAGUCCAUGUUUCAACCACCUCCCAGUCAUAGUUCAAGUGUUAUCGAGGAGCAAGACCAGCAACUACAACAGAAGUCGAAGAAACCAGGAAAUAGAUCUCUGAUCCCGAUCCCUACAAACACUUUAUUUGGAGUUGGUUUAUCAGUUCUGCGGGAGGAGGAUAGUCGGCAGCGAAUUAAUUUUCUCAAGGAUCCCAGUUCUCCUCAUCGUAAGAAUUCUUCGGCUUUGCCUAAGCCCAAGAAAAUAUCUAUGCUUAAGCAAGGUAUGCACAGGAGGGGAUCGUCAACGCCGUCCCUAGUAUCAGACGAUGUUUCCAUGAUGAAGGGAAAGCGGAAAACAGGAAAUUACGCCGGUAUUGAAAACGAUGUUCGAAGUCGGACUGUGUUGCCUGGGGACGCCAAGUCUGGAGAUAUUGACAAAGUCGAGUCGAAGAUUUUUGGAACUUGCCUAGGAAAUACGAGUGAAGAGAUGAAGAAAGAUGAAAGCAUUAGUCCGGUUUUCACAGGGCGCCUAGGGUCUCUGAAGGGUAAAAUUGGGCUGGGGUCGACACCAGUGAGAAAUAGAGAUUGCGUCGCGGGGCAGGAGUCGCAAAUAUUACCGAUAAGCUGUCAUGAUAACGAAGCGCCGGAGAUGGACGAUACUUUGGGAGAGAUGAUGUCGAGUACUGGUGCAUCUAAGGGAAGGAAACCCUUCUUACCCGACGAGAACGAUACUUCGGUAUAUCCUUCGAGCCCACCUGUAGUGGCACACACGUGUUCAGAAACUAGUCAGUUCGGAGAAAGCGAGCUGGAGGGCGAAGAAGAUUAUACAUUUGAUGGGAGUGAAAAUGACUCAGAAAAGAGCGCCGGAGAUUUAGGCUCACCUUUCGCAUCGCCUAUUAAAGCAUGCCCUCAACAUCAAAGUCAGGAGGAGGAGGGGGAGAAAACGUUGGCUUCUCCGUUCGUCUCUAACAUUGAGCCAUCAUCUCAUGGAAGCACUACUGGUGGUUUCUUAGGCGAAGCUCAAUCUGCAGAUGGUCAUGGUAUAGGUGGAAAUACCAUUUUGGAUAACAUUCGACGACACAAAAAUGCGCCCAAAUCUCCUCUAAAGAACGCACUUAGCUCCUCCGUGAUCGCCGAUGAGGACGAUCCGUUUAUCUCGUCUUAUCCUUCCGAACAUCAUAUCUUGCCGGCACCUCGCACCCCACCUAUCAAGGCAGGGGAGGUAAGAAUCAUGGGCGAUAGUAAAUCUUCCGGCAGCCCAUUAAAGUUGUUCCAUAGCAAUUAUGAUACAUACACCAAUGAAAAACUCGUUAAGCGUCUUGGAGAAUUAGAGGACAAUGUUGCUGAGAAACCAAAAUUUGUAUUACCCCAGGUGGCAGUUAGCCAGGACGAACACGAGGACAGCUGGCAGGAAGAGGGGAGUACCGAGUUUUCUGGUGGGAGUAUAGUUGUCAACAGGUUAGAGGCCAUGGCGAGGAGACAAGAGAAGGAGAAGUCACCUUCAAGAAAUGCGAAGAGGGAUGUUGCUUAUACUAAAGCUGUCAUCAAGUCGCACAGACAAAUCAGAACCACGACCACAACCACAACCACUACUACUGCGUUGGCUCACCAUCGUCAUACUUCAGCUCCGGAAUCAGCGGCGAAGCGUGUCACUGGCGUUACGGAGGAGUCACUAGUAGAAGGAGGUAGAAAACACCGCAGAUGGAAAAGCGAUGAGAGUGCCACUGUUAAUGAUGGUAUUUUAGCGCCUAUUAGUCCAGUCAAAGAAAGAACACCAAAGAGACUUAGACGGAGCAAUAGCGGUGGAUAUGGCUACGUUGAUGGGCCCAAGGCGGGAAGACUUCUUUCGGCUGGGUGUACACCCGGGCGAACGCGCCGAAUAUCACCUGAAGUUGAAGAGGGAAGUCUGUUGUUGAGUUCCAGUCGACCUAGGAGCAGGGCUUCUCGUACCCCUGGGCACGAACAGCUUUCCAGAACCCCAGCAUCAAAAUCAGGGAGGAGAAUUGCGACUAGUCAAGAGGUUCCCACACCAAGCUCGAGGGAUAGAUUGCCGAAGGUCCCAGUUCUGGAGAAAGAUUACAACUAUGGUGCUUCGAACAGUGCGGAUUUUUCGCUAGCCAAUGGAAGCCCGCUAAAGGGGAAAAGUUGCAGGUUAGUCUUCUGCGGAAGCAGGGGCGAUCCCAUGGAAGAUAAGGGGUUUGGGAUGCCACAACCGAGGGAAUCCGAGACCUUAAGGAAAGGAAGUGUCACAACGCAGGACUUUCUCUUACAAGCUGAAGAAGUGAUGGACAGAAUCAGGGGUAUGGGGCUGCGGUCUAGACAGAGCAACUUGAAAAACCCUGGGGCUGGGGGUGGCGAGGGUGAGAGUUUUAACAGUGGAUACAGCACGGACUCGCAGAUACAGAGAAAUUCACCAACUCGAAAUUCUAAAAUGGUAGGAUCAAGCAGUCCACAGGCCGGCGGAACGGAAGAUAGUUUUUUCCGCGAAGUCUCUCAUAUCGUCACCUCCAAGAAUCCGUUGGACCCUCAUAGUGAUUCCAGGGAUAUACAUCACGACACUUUGAACACUCAAUCUUCGAUUAGCAGUCAGGGAUCCAAUUCUUCAGUAGAAGUCAUUACACCCGGCUUACACGUGAACCAUCCCCUAGCCUUGAAGGGCUCUGCAGAAAUGACUUUCGAUCAAAAGUCUAUGGCAUGGGUCGGGUCUCGGACCCCGGAUGGGGGGGUUUCCGACUCCGAUCCAUUUCUGGGAAUAUCGGAUCUGAGUGUGAAUUCCCAGGAGGAAGCACAGGCUCUGGAGAUGGCAAGGAAGCAAUGGGAAGGCAUGACAAGUGAUGAGGAGAAGAGUGGUGUCUGGAGAAGCUCGAGGUUGAUCCUGGACGUGGAAGAUGAUUGUGAUGCGGAUUUGACUGGUGAUGGGACAGAGAUCUGGGAAAGCCGACCCUGGUUUGGUGGUGAGAACAUAAGCACCGUUGGCACUGGAAGUGGUAAAAGCCGAUCUGCGGGAACCGGAACAGAAACUAGAGUGACUAGUUUUGGAAGCCACGAAAGCAAGCCUGCUAUUAUAAGCGGAGAUCCCACUGCAUCCGGCAGCAAUGAGAGGAAUGUACCAGGGAAAAAGGUGGAUGGGGAAGGCAAGAAUGGCAAGGAAGAAAGGAGUAUUCGCAGCGAAGAAGAGUUACCACGGCCCACGGAACUAGGUUUAGACGAUCAGUGCAGGGUCCCGGAGCCCAUCCGGCGAAGGCAGGUCUCCUAUGCUGAAGAUUAUUCUUCUCCCACGACUGCAUCCAUGAUGAGACAAUCAACUUCUUCGCCGAAGGAGGUCCCUGAAUCCUGGGAUGAUGGCGAUGACAGCUGCUUAGAUGCCGGCGUCGAUGGCUUUCUUGAUCAUGGUUCACUACGGCAAACGCGACGGAGUUCAAGGAUAUUUUCAUCCGGUGGUACCUACCGAGGGGCCGCUAGGCGGCGUUCGGGUGGGAACAAGUCUUUUGUUGGAAGACCAAUUUCAAGAAUUAAGGAGGAAGAUGAGGAAACCGUUGGGGUGGAAGAUAUUUCGCGGUCUCUCCGUAGGAUAAGCUUGAGCAGCUCGCUGACACCCCUGCCUACACAUUUUGCGACCUAUGUUUCGAGCCUUCCUCCAUCAACGGUCAAAAAGACAGAUGUAUCAUUUCAUAUGACGCCACUGGCAGAUAUCUCAUAUCACUAUGAAACCACCGAAGCUCUGAUCAAUCUCGAACUCUCGUUCCUUGCGACCCGUAGGGGGCCUAAAGCUAGCGCUAAGUCAAUUGAAGCAAGCUUCUCGAUUGCCCAGGAAAACCUCAUUAAAACCCUUACAGAUGUGGAGCCGUAUGAGCCAUAUUGGGAGUGGAUGAAGUUCUUAAAGCUUGCUGAUAGGAAGAUGGAAACGCUACAUACUCUCAACGAAUGGUGCCAGAGAAUAGAGGAACUAGACGUUAGUAAUAACCAGCUUGGUCAACUCUCAGGGGUUCCGGAAAACGUAAAGGAUCUAAAGGCGGCGAGUAACUGCUUGAGUUCGAUCACCCACUUUGGACAUCUUUUCAAUCUGCAGUAUUUGGAUAUUUCGAGAAAUGGUCUAGAAAACUUAGAUGGGCUCAGGAACCUGAAACAUCUAAGAGAGCUCAAGGUAGAUGAAAACUCUUUGGAGAGCCUUGAGGGUGUUCUGAAUAUGGACGGAUUGGCGUCGUUGAGGGCUAGGAGAAAUAAGUUGACAACUGUGUCGUUUGAGAAGGCUUCCAUGAAACGUCUCACCGAGUUGGACUUGAGAGGUAACAACAUGGAGGCGAUCUCAGGACUUGACAACCUACCUGCUUUGAUUCACCUUAAUCUAGAUCAAAAUAAGCUAUGUGGUCUGAAUAUUCCUAAUGGGGUCCGACUCAAUUCUUUACGUUCGAUAAAACUCACACAGAAUUACUUCGAAACUUUCGAUGUUUCGCAGUACCCAAAUCUUCGAAUCCUCUAUAUAGAUAAUAAUCGCCUCAAAGAUAUUAGCGGUCUUAGCCGAGCGAAACAAUUAGACAGCAUUUCGACAAGGGAGCAGGACGUAAAAGAAUUCACUAUCCAAUAUGAGAGGAUGUUCGAGGCCCGAAAGAUCUACCUUUCAGGAAACCCUCUCCGGGAUCUGAGCUUCAGAUUAGACUUCUUGAAUUUACAGUAUCUGGAACUUGCGUCAGCCCAGCUGACCAGCCUUCCAGAGAAUUUCGGGUAUCUUGUGUGCAAUACAAGAGUCUUGAAUCUUAAUAACAAUGCAAUUUCGGACCUAAGGCCGCUUUUAGGAGUCGUAAGAUUAAAGAAGCUGCUGCUUGUGGGUAAUAGGGUCAAAAGUGUGAAGAAAGCGGGUGCUGUGCUUGCGCAUUUCCAGUCGCUAAGCUAUCUCGAUCUAAGAAUGAACCCUCUCACAAUAGGUUUCUAUCCUGCUUCGUCCUCUCGCAGGUCGCUCUCUUCGCCGGAAGAUCCUGACGAAUACAUAAAGGAUCCUUUUACCAUGGUGCCGGGCGACACUGCAAGUGAUCGCACCUUCCAAGCGCAGAUGGAUCUUGAGUCAGCAGUUACAAGAAGGAGGUACGAGAUUACGAUUGGCCAAAAGUGCCCUAGGAUGAAAGAGUUGGAUGGUUUAGAGUUCCGGGUGGGGGAGCUGUGGAGGGAGGACCACGUUCUGGAGGAACUCAAAAAUCGGGACUUAGUUAGAACGGGGGAUAGAGGCAAUUAG